ACGCAUGCGCAGUUGCUGUGUUGAAAGUAGGAACUAGUCAGCUAACUGUGACGUUACUUGCCUUGCACAGACACACACAAAAACUACACUCACCGUGUUUUCUUUUGCCUUUUUAUUUUUCUUGUUCUUUGCGGCCUUUUUUCCGCCCUUCCGUGACUAAGCAGCAGCAGCCAUGAGCUUUUUUGGAUUUGGCCAAAGUGCGGACAUCGAUGUGGUUCUGAACGAUGCAGAAACGAGGAAGAAAGCUGAGCACAAAAGCGAGGACGGCAGGAAGGACAGAUAUUUCCUUUUCUACGACGGGGAAACGGUGUCGGGGAAGGUCAACGUGACGCUCAAGUAUCCGGGAAAGAGGCUGGAGCACAACGGGAUCAAGAUCGAGUUUGUCGGGCAGAUAGAGCUCUACUAUGACAGAGGAAACCACCAUGAAUUUGUGUCUCUGGUGAAAGACCUCGCCAGGCCAGGGGAACUCACACAGUCGCAGACUUUCGAUUUUGAGUUCACACACGUAGAAAAACCAUAUGAGUCUUACACCGGCCAGAACGUCAAAUUACGAUACUUCCUGAGAGCCACAGUAAACCGCAGGUUGAGUGACAUCAGCAAAGAGAUGGAUAUUGUGGUUCAUACACUCAGCACCUACCCUGACAUCAACUCCUCCAUCAAAAUGGAAGUUGGGAUUGAGGAUUGUCUACACAUCGAGUUUGAGUAUAAUAAAUCCAAGUAUCACAUAAAAGAUGUAAUUGUUGGAAAGAUUUACUUUUUGCUGGUGAGGAUAAAAAUCAAACACAUGGAGAUUGACAUCAUCAAGCGGGAAACAACUGGCACUGGGCCCAACGUCUACCACGAGAACGACACCAUAGCCAAGUAUGAAAUCAUGGACGGCGCACCUGUCAGAGGAGAGUCCAUCCCCAUCAGGCUGUUCCUAGCAGGCUAUGAGAUGACGCCCACCAUGAGGGACAUUAACAAGAAGUUCUCAGUGCGCUACUACCUCAACUUGGUCCUCAUUGACGAGGAGGAAAGACGAUACUUCAAACAGCAGGAGAUCACGUUGUGGAGGAAAGGUGACGUCGCGAGGAAGAGUAUGUCUCAUCAAGCAGCCAUCGCCUCUCAGCGCUUCGAGGGCUCCUCCAAACCAGAGAACCGCGGCGAUGAAGGAGACAGCUAAAUCCAAAAGUUAUGAAUGCGCAUAUCAUUUCUAUGUGUGGAGAGAGAACAUGCGGCACUUCUUUGCAGUGCAUGUGUGCGUGCGUGCGUGCGUCACCUAAUAGCGAGGUCUGUGCUCAGAAUUAUAUAAUUUUAUUUCAAGAGAAAAUGAAAGGAGUGAUUGUGCUUAAGAUGCUUGAAGUAUUUUCAUACAUUCCACCAGAAAUGACAUAUUUAGAGUAUUUAUUUUUAAGGCGGUCAGAUGUGUUCAGUGCAUUAUUCCGACCAGCUAGAUUACGCCUGCUUCUACAACACAUGAACACAAAAUAACCAGUGGAGACAAAAGAAAUUGAGGAUUAUUCUUCGGAACACAUUUUAAAAAGUAAUUCAUAAACAGUAGAAUAUAUAAAGUGGAACAUUCUGUGAUUCUGGUUGACUUCUAAGUUCUAAAUAAUGUUAGAUGUAGGGGUGUCCCGAUCCAAUAUUGAUAUUGGUCCAAUAUCAGCAAAGACAUCAAUAUUGGCUUGCAUCAAAACAGUCCGAUACAAGCAGUCCUGCAGUGUGUUUAUAUGUGCAAAGCUGGACAGACUGUUGACUUCUAAAUGUCCUCCAAUAAACACACAAGGGUGGUCUUUUUUUGUAUUUUAGUCAAGUCAUUUAUAAAAGGUAAGAAUUGUAAGCUGUAGGCUACUAAGAGCGAGCAGCUACACAACAGCUAAGCACACAAUAGCACACAGGCUAGACAUACAUAAUGUGUCCAUAAUGGCACAAUAUUGUAGUCUAAUACAGCACAUUUUUCACUAUAGACUAGUAUCAAAUAAAUGUAGUUGCAUAUUACUUAAGUUUCCAAGGCAAUUGCGUAUUGGAAUGUAUCCAGUAACAAACGUGUACGCAUCAUUCGACUGUCUGUGUCAUGAGCUUAUUGUGGCCACAAUUACCACUCCACUAAAACUUAAAAACAGCAUAAGUCCGUUGUAGCUGGCUAAUAAUAAAUAGGUUUGUGUUUUUCAUCCCUGCCUUUGUUCUGUGUUCUGUUUGACUAAUUACAUUCCACUCCACAAAAUAAUUAAAGGAAAUAUACUGAUGUCGUAUCAGCCAAUAUUGAAUGUCUGUGUCUGAAGUGAAAGAGUUGUAUAACGGGACACCCGUGCAGUUAGGUGAUUGAAUUUUGUCUCAAGCUGUCCAUUACAAAACCUUGAUUGCAUCGUACUGCAGGGCUGGGUGAUACUGUAAAUGUAUGACAUCCAGCGGAUAUACGUAUAUGGAUGUUAUGAUACUGCGAUGGCUUACAAAACCUUUGUUGAAAAUGUUUGUUAAAAAAGUGAAUCAAACGAAAACCGAGGCCCCACUGUACAGUGCGAUACGGAUAACCAAUACUUGACUAUUUUUAGACUUUUGAUUUAUAAUUUUUUUUUGGCCCUUUAAUUUGGAUGGAUCCACCCACCCCUAUUGUUGACACUUUUAAAGGGUUAGAGUCUCUUGAGUGCUACCUCGACCUUGUUUAGUCUGCAGUGUGCCUCGUAAUUGACUGCCAACAAGAUUUGGUGCAAUAUCAGGGAACAACUACAAAUUUAGUCAUUUCUCAUUUGUCGGUGUCUCACGUCCACGCUUCAAGUCAAUAAAAGGGCUUCUUUAACCUUAAACCACAGCACUGUGUUCUAGUGCUGAUCCUACCACACUUGUUGAUAUUGCUUGUUUUGUCAUGGUAAAUCCCAGGCAAGUUUCAGAUAUUUGUAUAUAUUUGGUUGAAUGAAUAAUACAGUAUUUGCCAGCUUUGUUGCAAACAGAAGCCUGUUUAGUCCAGUUUGUAAAAAGAUGAACUUAUCUAAAGACAGUAACAAAAUGAAUAUAUUAAAAUAUUCACGAUAAAACAGGGGCGUCCAAAAUUGUAAGAAGGCCACUUGGAUACAUUUUGUGCAUUAAAUAUGUUUAAAUCAAUCCAAUGCAUGUCAACAUGUGCUAGAUCACAACAUCCAAUGUUUAGCUUUGGUGAAAAAACAGAAGCAUAACUAACUAUCUAUCU